UGCCACAAAGUUACCGGGCCAAGUUUAGUUUGCCAUCGGGAACUGAGCGGAAUGUCGAGCCGAAUUCUGGUAACGCAGCUCUCCCAAGAUCUUUCCUUGCCCGCUUGGCUAGAUCAACAGGAUCUGGAACGGUUGGUGAGGCAGGAGAUUCCAGAGUUUAGAAAAAUCGAUACCCUUCGUUGUAAAUGGGAGGUUCAACUGUCCCAGCCCGCUCUUUGUGUUCAGCUUCAAGUGCUCGUGGCGGAAAACAAGAAACGACAAGUAAAUUACCUAAUCAAGUCGCCUGAAUCGCUCUCAAUUGGAUUAAAGGUACCAAUUAAAGGGGAUUUCCAAGUGGAGCGUCACAUGUACGAAAUCGUGCUGCCCGCCCUGGAAGAGCUUUAUAAAAAUGCGGAUAAGAGCAUUCACUUUAGUCCUUCAGUCUUCAAGACAAAUCAAAAAUUCAACCAAAUCUAUUUAGAAUACAUCCUUAACAAGGGCUAUGCAGUGGCCAAUAGCCUCAAAGGUUUGUCCGUAACCGCCAUGGAAGGAGUACUCUCGAAACUGGCUGCUUAUCACGCCGGGACAGCUUGCUAUAUAGAGAGGAAUUCCGGAAAGUUUAGGGAGCUUCCAAAGCUCGGGAACCUCUUGAAAUCGGAUGGAGAGGUUGACGAACUGAAGGGCUUAUACCAAAUGAGGUUUCACGAGGGUCUCCGAUCAAACGACGCCAGGGAGUACGAAGAUAAGGUGAAAUCGUUUCAAAAGUAUGUGAAAGUGGAGGCGAAACUGGAUGCGAGAGCUUCCUUCAAUGUCAUUCUAAAUGGAUCCUGCUGGCCAAAUAAUGUACUCAUCCAAGUCGAUGCCUUUGGAAAUGUGAAGGAUUCACUGUUUAGUGAUUUUCACGCUGCAAAAUAUGGUCCAGCUAUCUACGAUCUUUUCAGCUUACUUCUGACGGCUCCAGCUGAAAAAUCUAGCAGAUUCGACGGAUAUGUGAAGUUCUACCACGACCAUUUAAUCGAAAAUCUAACACUUUUGAAAUUCCAAGGAAAGAAGACCAGUCUCACGGAUCUUCAAUUGGAUUUGCUAAAAUAUGGACAUUGGGGAUUCGAGUCUGCUACGGAAAUCCUGCCGAUAUUGCUCUCGGAUUUUGGCAGCAAUGACACUGAUGAGCUCUUUAAGAACCCAGUGUUCGGCGAGCAAAUUAGAGAAUUAUUGCCUUGGCUGGAGAAUCGCGGAUACAUUGAAGAAGAUUAAGCUGCAUUUACUUAGCAUAAAUCAAAAUAAGAUGCACAUUUAUCAGCUUAACAGAUUUGUAUAAAUAUUAUCUUAGAUAAGAUAAACGAUGUAUGCACAUUUUAUAGGGUACAUCACCAUUCUAGUAUAUGUGCGAAUAAACAUUAUCAAAAUACUAAUAAA